AUGCAAAUAUAAAUUGAUAACAAUUGGAGAUAAAAAGUGAAAACACUGCCUUAGACUUCGAAGACCAACGUUGAGUAUAAAGUAACACGCAGUAAAGAAUGCAUUGGAUAAAUCUGAAUUAGUCUCUACGUGCGUUUUUCCGUAAGUGAAACAGUAUUGAUAGGGAUCUUUUGAGGCUCGACGUUAUACAUACUUUCUCAGAGCUCUAUCGUAAAAUGUCGGAUAGAAAUCGUAUUGAGUUUGGAGGUAACACUUCAGCAAAUCAAACUGGCUCUUAUUCAAAAUGGAUUGGCUUCAUCUUUAUUUUCAAUUUAAUUGUUGGCACUGGCGCGUUAACUUUGCCAGCUACUUUUGCUAAGGCUGGAUGGUUGCUUAGUGUUAAUGUCAUUUUAUAUUUGGCACUUAUUUCGCAUAUGACGGUGACGUUUGUUAUUGAAGCUAUGGCUGCUGCUAAUGCUGUAAAAACGUGGCAGAGUUUUCAGUUUGAAAAUAGUCAUGUUAAUGACGACGACGAUGUUGAGAAUGUGGAGAUUUCUUCAGGAAUGGAGGAGCAUGCUGCGGAGAGGGAGACAGAUGAUCCAUGUGCUACACUUCUGCCUCGGAUUAAAAUUUCAAAACGGCUGGACCGUAUGCCAGUGUAUGCGCAACAUUCAACGUUGAUGUAUUACAGAUUGGACGAAAAGUUCGAAUUAGGUGAAAUGGCUACAUUAUUCUUUAACGAUGUCGGUCGCAUUUUAUUCUACUUAUGCAUUUGCAUUUACUUGUACGGCGACUUAAGCAUUUAUUCGGCGGCGAUAGCGAAAAGUUUACGUGAUUUAUUUUGCGACCAUGUAAAUGCUACAGAUUUGGCAAACUUUACUAUAUUCGAUUCGACUAUGGAUUCUUUAAAUUUAACGCUAAGUAAUAAUGAGACAGACAAUGAUGCUGUAACGUUGUGUUGGCAAGCGCAUACACUAACUCGUUUAAACGUUUAUCGUCUAUUCCUAACUGGCUUUAUAAUUAUUUUCGGGCCGUUUGCUGUUUUCAGCGUACAAAAAACAAAAUAUUUACAAAUAGUAACAGCACUCUUCCGUUGGUGUGCAUUUAUAUUCAUGAUCUCGAUUGCUGUCAAACUGUUAAUAACCGAAGGUGCCAAAGGUCACCCACCAACCGUAAAUGUUUUUGGUAUACCCGCGUUAUUUGGAGCUUGCGUAUAUUCCUUUAUGUGUCAUCAUUCAUUGCCAAGCCUAUUAGCUCCGAUAAGAAAUAAACAUGCAAUUAGUAAGAUAUUGUGUGCCGAUUAUAUAUUAAUUUGUAUCUUUUAUAUACUACUCGCUAUGACGGGUAUAUUUGCUUUUGAACGCAUUCAAGAUCUGUACACUUUAAAUUUUAUACCCGCUCAAAUUGAUGAUUACAGCUUCAGAGCGAAGCUCUUAGUAGGCAUUGAUUAUUUUUUGGCCCUCUUUCCCAUCUGUACACUAUCAGCAAGUUUUCCAAUUAUAGCCAUAACAUUGCGCAAUAAUUUACAAACCCUCUUUUUAGAUAUGACGCAUUUUGAAUCAUAUAACUUAUUUGUAAGGCGUAUAUUUUUCCCUUUAUUGGCCGUUUUGCCCCCAUUUGUCAUUACCUAUUUCACCGAAAGUCUAACGAGUUUAGUGGCCUUUACCGGAAGUUAUGCGGGCGCUGGGAUACAGUACGUUAUACCUGUAGCACUGGUAUAUUAUGCUCGUACUACUUGCCGCGAACUUUUAGGCAGUGGUGUGGUUAAUCAGUUUGAAAGCCCUUUUCGUAGCAACUAUUGGCUAUUUUUUGUGCUGCUCUGGACGGCGGGUUGCGUUAGCUUGGUUACUUUGAAUUUUUUUUUUGAAAUAUAAUUGUAGACUGUGGUAUCUGAUAUCUAAAAACUACACAACAUUAGAGUGUCUUCCGAGUAUGUUUAUCCACCAUAUUCAACAUUUGUCGAUGUGCUCAAACAAAUACCAUCCAGCGAUUUACCUACAAAUUUUUGUUUAUCAGACAUAUUAUAAAAUUCCAUACUGAUCCGAAAUAGGAAACUUAACUAUUAGCAUUUAAGUAUAAACUUAAGUCUAAACAAGAAAAGAUAUAAAAGAAAUCAAACAUAUACAUAUAUAAAGAGAAAAUAUAUAUUUUUACAUUAUCUUGUUACUUAGUAAUCAUCAAGAUACUCCUAAGCGUAAAGAAGUACUCUACGAAAGUGAUUAGCUAUU